AUGUCCGCAUUGACCUCGACUGUCCCGAGUGGACAACCGGUGGCUAUCUCUAAUACCCUUACUCUCGCAAUUCUGGGUAUGUCGAGCCUUAUUAACCGGGGUCUGCUCGACGACAUCCUCAGCAACCCCAACAAAGUUAUCAGCGACAUCUUGACACCGCCGGCGGCGACGACUGCGAACAACGUCCAGCCAGCCAACACGCCGGUGGCAGCUUCGACACAAGCUGCUGCCGCUGCUGCUGUACCGGCUGCAACGACGCCAGCUGCCGCGGCUCCCGUCGCGGCGACACAGGCUCCGGCUGCACAGCAGCCCGCCGCGACCCCCGCCGCCGCAUCACCAAAGGAAGAACAGCCGCAGCAACCACAGACUCCAUUGCCGGCCGCCCUGGUACCGUCAGCAACUCAACAGCCAGCGGCAGCAACUAGUGACAUGUCCAUGACUGCAGCAACGAAGAGUGCGGGUCAUGAGGAUGUUUUCACGACAUCACCCCCUGCUGCAGCAGAGACUGUACCCCCGACGGCUGAGAAUGCGGCCUCGUCACAAAUCUCUUCACAACCAGCCAGUAUCCCCACGACCGGAGCCGUAAGCAUCGAAGGAGCAGUAGUUACGAAGCCCGGAGCCACAAGUCCCACACAGCCGUCGCAGACACUUACGCCUGGGGGCACGUCCAAUGCAAAUGAUCAGGGGCCUUUGGUCGCCACUGGUGUUGUGUUGGGAAUAGUGGUCCUCCUUGGACUGUCACUCUUCAUAUUUUGGUGCUUACGGCGGAAGAAGAGGGCAGCUCGCCAUAACCACACAUCCGUUCCGUCGACGAGCCCUUUUAACGAACACGGGGACGUUUGGGUUCCCUCCGCCGCCGCCGAUCCCACAGCCGUCUCCGAUCCGGAUCUUCCGAUGGCCGACUCGCUCGUCUCGCAGUGGAGCGUCCACCCCGAGCGCCUUGACUAG